AUGGUCGUCAUCAAUUGUCAAAGUUUGGAAGUUCUGUUGGAACAGCUGAUACAUACUUCGAGGGGCGCAAUGAAAUGUUAUAUCAAGAAAUCUAUCUUGAGGAAUAAUUCAGUGUCCAGCGUGGUAUUAGUCGGGAAAGUAGUUGUUGUCCAGAAAACAUCAACCAGAAUAUACUGUGCAGGUUUAACAGCUGAGGAAAGUGGUUCUGCUAAUAUUGGUGCUGGAGUUUCUGGUGAUGCUGAUGAAGAUGUUGGUAUAUCUCAGGCAAGAGGGGGAUGUUUCAGAUGUAAACGUCAAACAAAAAAGGACCCUGGUUUAACAGCUGAGGAAAGUGGUUCUGCUAAUAUUGGUGCUGGAGUUUCUGGUGAUGCUGAUGAAGAUGUUGGUGUUAGUGGUGAUGGUGGUGGUUUAAACCUACGCGGAUCUGCUACUUUAGGAAUAAAUGGAAUCAGUAUAGGUGGCAGCGGAUCUAUAGAAAGUGGACUCGGUAAAGGUUCUGAUUCCGAAGAAUCCGAAACAGAAGAACCUGGUUCAGGAAGUUCAGGAACGGGAGAUUCCGAUCCAGGAGAACCCAGUCCGGCAGGCUCCGAUCAAGGAGAUUUUGAUCAGGGAGGUUCUAGUCCGGAAGGUUCUCAUCCUGAUUCAGAAAAUGGAGAAGCUAAUGAUGGAGAUAAUGGAGCUGGAGGUGGUAGUUUGGAAGGAUCUGGAUCAGUAAGUGUCGGUGCUGAGGGUCAUAAUUCUGGUUCUGAAAAUUCUGGAUCUAAAGACUCAGCAGUUGGUGAUAUUGGAUCAUCCCUGGGAGGUCUCUUUGGUGGUCUUUUUGGUUCUGGUUCUGGAAAAUCCGAUUCGAAAGAUUCUGGUUCUGGAAAUUCUGGAUCUGAAGACUCAGGAGUUGGUGAUAUUGGCUCAUCCCUGGGAGGUCUCUUUGGUGGUCUUUUUGGUUCUGGUUCUGGAAAAUCCGAUUCAAAAGAUUCUGAUUCUGGAAAUUCUGGAUCUAAAGACUCAGGAGUUGGUGAUAUUGGCUCAUCCCUGGGAGGUCUCCUUGGUGGUCUUCUUGGUCCUGGUUCUGGAAAAUCCGGUUCGACAGAUUCUGGUUCUGAAAGUUCGAAGGGUGGUUCUAUUAUAGGAGGUCUCAUUGGGUCCCUAACUGGUUCGGGCUCCGGAUCUGAUCCGAAUUCCGGAAGCGCUAGAGGUGGUAGUUCAGAAAGCGAAGGACCAGUAACAUUUCCUGAUCCAAAUACUAAUGGUUUACCUUCCGGAACAAAUGACAAUUCUCAAGAAAACGAUGGUGAUGGAUCGGGUAACUCUGGUGGAUUUCCAGAAAAUGNAGCUAUUUAUUUUUAA